AUGUUCUCUAGCCAAGGCCUUGUCGGUCGUGGCACUGUGUGCUACUUGACAAGGAGGGGCGAGGAGGAAUACAUUAUAAAGGAUCAUUGGGUUUUAGGGAGUAAGGAGGACGUGUUGAAUGAGGUCAUCAUGUUGAACGAGAUGAAGGGGGUUCGUGGCAUACCCGAACUUGUUGAGCACUGGCUCGUCGAGAUCGGACCUGGGGAGGUCGAUGAAACAGAGAAGUAUCGCUAUAAAACACUGGAGAGUAUAGAAGGUACCUUCCGCACUCAUAUCCGGCUGGUUUUGAAGCCCUGUGCACGACCAUUGCAUAUGUUCCGCACAAAGGCAGAGUUAGUGAGUGUGAUCCGGGAUAUCAUUGCCAUUCAAAAGAUAGCGGUUGAAGAGCGAGAUUGGGAAUUUGCCAUGCGUAUUCUUCAGAGCAAUCGCUACCCUAUCAGCGGUACGGGCACAGUACCGUUCAUGUCACGGAAGCUUCUUCACCAGCUCUCGGAUGUCAUUCCUUUGGCUACGUUGAUCAAGCACACUUUUUCUGAUGAUCUCGAAUCCCUCUUUUACGUCUUCGCCUGGAUCUGCAUCGAAUUCAGGGGUCCCCUCGGGAUGAAACGGGUCCUCAAGUCUAGGGGCGAUAGAACCGAAUGGCUACCACGCGCAUGGUCCGCCAACUCUUACGCGGAGUGUGACCAAGCUAAGACGGGGUUCUUUUUCCACUCGGAGGAUUUGGAGAAGCUUGAAAAGCAGAUUCAUCCCUACUUCAAAAAUCUCAUUCCACUCGCAAAAGAAUGGUACGGGCUGAUGAGGAACAACGGCAACCCAGAUUCAGUACCCUUUGAUGCUGUGCUCGAGAUGUUGAAUAGACAUCUUGCAGAGCUUCCAAAGGACAAACCAUCCCCUGAGUUAUUAUUUGCCAAAACAAUCCUCAAGCGAAAACGGCCAACUGGAGAUGCUCCUGAUUCUGCAGGUGCAGUAGAUCCGGGAGUCACUAGGUUACCUAAUGACACGACUGGGCACAUGGGGCCAGCUGUAGGCAACAUGACAAUGGAAGCUGCAGUACCCAUCAGGCCGUCAAAGCGGAACAAAACCCGAUCUUCGUAA